UCAAAUCAGAGAGUCACGUGACUUAACAUCCGGGUUUCACUUAAGCGUCGUGUGCGAGUUCCUCCUGUAUCAAAAUGCUUGUUUUGCUGUCGCUGUUUGUUUUCGUUGUGACCUCCAAGGCCACCUUUGAUCCCACAUGUGUAGAUAGACUACCCGACUGCCACUUAUAUGACGCCACUUCCUGUCGUGGUAUCUAUGAGCCGUGGGCCAAGGUCAACUGCAAUAACACGUGUGGCUUUUGCCAAGGACUACCGACCCCCGCGCCCUCCUGCAGGAACAAGAUUCCCACCUGUGACGACUUCGACCACGACUCCACCUGCAAUGACCCUCAGUACAAGUACUGGGUAGAAGAGCACUGUCGACUUUACUGCCGCAAGUGUACACCGGAGCAGUUGUAUGCAGUUGACCACCAAACGACAACAUCUCACCCACAAGCGACAUUGCCAAGCUGCAGAGACCUCGCCCCCGACUGUGCUGCUAGCGGUAAAUCAGUCUGUACCGACUCCUCCCAAGCGCUAAGGGCUCACAUCACCUGCAAAAAAUAUUGUGGAUUUUGUUCAGUUUCUGGACCAACGCUGUAGGCGUUCCGCAGCGCCCUCGGUCACUGACCUUAGUAGUGUAUCUAACGAUCAUCAUGGUAUUGUGUAGCUCUAUUUAAUAAACGUUGCUUAGCAACACGUACACCCGA